AUGACCGGUCAGAACGGUGGUGCGCCCAACAACCCGGAGAACAACUUUUGGUUGUGGGGUAUUUGGGGCAAGCGUGUUGUCAAGGCCCCCUUCCUGACGCAGAAAGUGCCGGGAAAGCUUCGCGACAUUAUCAUUGGGCAGAAUUUCAUCAUUGCACUCAAGGAGGAUGGCAGCUUGGUGUCUUGGGGUGAAGAUAAAGUUGGAUGUCUUGGGCUUGGCACCGAACAGGUCAAUGUGCAAGACCCCAAGAAGAUCAACUUCCCCUCUGACUUCAAAGGAAAGAUAGUGGAUAUCAAGUAUGGUAAGCACCAUGUGCUCGCGCUGACGAGCCUCGGGAAGGUCUAUGCGUGGGGCCUGAACGAGAAGGGCCAACUCGGUCUGAGUGACCAACAGAAUCGUUACGAGCCCGUCGCAGUGGAGGAGCUCAGGCCGUACACUGUCACACAAAUCUUGGCAGUGGACAACAUGAGCUAUGCAUUGACCAGUCAUGGCAGAGUGUACGCUUGGGGCGAUAACACUGACGGCUGUUUGGCACUGGAGCAUGACAAAGCUGUGGUGGACAAGCCGGAACCUAUGAUGCGAAUGCAGGGCACGGAAGUGCAGAAGCUUGUAGUCAGAGACUGUGGUGGAUCUGGGGGCAAGGGGAAGACCGUCAUUGCUUUCGUGGAGCUCGCUGAGCCACUGCCGCCCAAAGAUACCAUCGGUGGCUUUGAGCAACCCCUGGGUGGAGCAGAGGCCGGCCAAGAGAAGGUGGUGUUGUCUGAUGUUAUGGAAAGGGAUAUCUUCGAAGGUGUUGAUCUCAUGAGACAAGUCAUGGACAACACGCAGGACUGGUGGGAACACAUCUUGAAGGUGAGACAUGGAUCGCCGUACAACGACAACCCACUGCAGUCGGAUGAUUCAGCCGACAAGAAGGAUCAGGAUGGCUGUACAGCGAUGCAGUUGGAUACCUACGUUGGCUUGGAUCAGCUAGAAGAUGCUUCCUACGAGCUUGACAAAUUCAUUCAAUCCGCACGGUCACAGCUCUUCGAGAUACGAAAGAAGAAGGGCACCAAGAACGUGAAGUUCAUGCUAUCUCUGUUCAUGGAUGAUUGCAAACUCCGACGGGAAAAGAUCCGCAGAACUGUUGCAGCUCGCCAGCUGAUUGAGCACAAGAGAGCGCAUGCAUCUGCUGGAGCAGACGAUCCUUUCAGUAUGGGCAGAGAUCGAGCUGAUACCUACCUACAGCAGGAGCCGGAGAUCAUUUCUCAAAAGCUGAGAGCAGUCAGGGAUCUGAAAUCCUAUGACAUAUUUACGAAGGUGCUCCAGGACAGCAUUGCCGAAAUCUUCGAAGCCAAGCUGCAGGUGUUGGGAUUGCAGAACGAGGUCUUGAAGGUCAGAUCUGGAAGACCCGGAGACGUUUCCAUGCCCAGCCUUCGAAUCAUCAUGGAGAGAUGGGCAGACUUGAAACGCUUCUCAAUAUACAAUCUCUACCAGGAAUGUAACCUGAGAGGGCAGGGGCUCACUUUCAAUUCUGACGAUGAAAUGUUUUCGUUUUUGGUGUCAAGCUCUGAUGCCAAGAUAGACCAGAUUAUUCAGAUAGACCACGACCGCUUGGUGUCAAGAGACAGCCAUGUCCCAGGCCUCUGCUACGAGCUUCUGACGGAGAACGCCGAGCUCAGGAAGAUGUGCAAUGCCUACCAGCUAAAAGUCCUCCUGCAAAAGGCCGAGGCAGAGGGCCAAAAACAACCAGUGGCUUCGCGGAGCGGGACAAGACACGCAACCGAGCUGACGACUGUGUAG